AUCCCCGAUGAGGUCAUUAACGUGAAUCUCAAUGGAAAAGAUCUAAUGAUCUUGUCUAACGGAACACUUGUAGGAUGGGCUCUUGACGAAGAAACCAUAAUCAAGACUUUUAUUCCAAUUUUACAAUCUUCCAUUUUGGGCAGAUACGACUUUGAAUCUGAAGAAAUGGAUUGGAUAGAGUUGGACGAUUUGCCCAAAAAUCCACUUAACAAUGGUAACUCUUAUCUUCAAGGAGAGAUCAUGGUAGUUCAAGGAAGUACGAGUGACAAACGUGACUUGGACAAGGCAGCAUUUGCCAUUGGCUUGUCUAGGUCUACUCGUUUGUCCAUUUUGGAGAAUGCAUUUGAGAACCAUUUGGAAUUAACCAAGCAGAAUUCGGAGUCCUUGGCCAAAGGUAGGAAGAUCACCACUUCUGAAUCUGAUUUUUUGCAAUUGACUGGCCGUUUAUUUCUUAUCAGAGGUAAGUUGAAUUUGUAUAGCGAGUUAAUUGAGACUCCUGAUCUCUAUUGGAGUGAGCCUACUCUAGAGAAGAUCUACAACUCGGUAUCUAAAGUUUUGGACAUCAAUUCUAGAAUCGCCAUUCUCAAUCGAAAACUAGACUAUGCCACAGACGAGCAGCGUGCUUUUCUCGGGGUACUAAAUGAGAAGAAAUCAACUCGUUUGGAGUGGAUUAUUAUCAUCUUGAUCAUGGUUGAAGUGUGCUUUGAAACGUUUCAUUUUUACGAAAAGUAUACAGAGUCCACUUCAAACACCAAGGAACAAUAG